CCGCGCUCCCCGCGCCGCGCCCGGCCCGGAGCCGCCUGUUGAUCGCAGUUCUAGUCUGGGGCCACGGCGCCGCCCCUGCUUGUCAGACCCGCUCAAUCGGGGCUCUACGGCUACUUGCUGGUCAGCACCUUUCGCUACGGGAUGGACACGAGCAAGGUGGUGAUGUGAAGUCCCGGGAAGCUGGCCCACUUCAAAGUGCAUGAGAAAGGUGUAUCUGCGAAGCCAUGGCGCUCCCCUUUCAGAAGGAGCUGGAGAAAUACAAGAACAUCGAUGAGGACGAGCUUCUUGGCAAGCUCUCAGAAGAGGAACUGAAACAGUUGGAAAAUGUUCUAGAUGACCUAGAUCCUGAGAGUGCAAUGCUACCGGCUGGAUUCCGACAGAAAGACCAGACCCAGAAAGCAGCCACUGGCCCAUUUGACCGAGAGCAUCUCCUCAUGUACCUGGAGAAGGAGGCUCUGGAACAGAAAGACAGGGAGGACUUUGUGCCCUUCACAGGUGAAAAAAAAGGGAGAGUGUUUAUCCCCAAAGAAAAGCCUGUAGAAGCUCCGAAAGAAGAGAAAGUAACUCUGGACCCAGAACUGGAAGAAGCCUUGGCCAGCGCCUCUGACACUGAACUCUAUGAUCUUGCAGCUGUCCUUGGAGUUCAUAAUUUGCUCAACAAUCCAAAGUUUGAUGAAGAAACGACCAAUGGCAAAGGUCACAAAGGGCCUGUAAGGAAUGUUGUCAAAGGUGAAAAGGCCAAACCAGUAUUUGAGGAGCCACCAAACCCCACAAAUGUAGAAGCAAGUCUGCAGCAAAUGAAGGCCAAUGACCCGAACCUGCAAGAGGUCAACCUCAACAACAUCAAGAACAUUCCAAUUCCAACUCUGAAGGACUUUGCAAAGGCUCUGGAGACCAACACCCAUGUGAAGAAGUUCAGCCUCGCUGCAACCCGCAGCAAUGACCCUGUGGCCCUUGCUUUUGCAGAUAUGCUAAAAGUCAACAAGACCUUGAAAAGUCUAAACAUAGAAUCCAAUUUCAUCACUGGCACUGGAAUCCUGGCCCUGGUGGAAGCCCUGAAGGAGAAUGACAGCUUGACAGAGAUCAAGAUCGACAACCAGAGGCAGCAGUUGGGAACAGCUGUGGAGAUGGAGAUAGCCCAGAUGCUGGAGGAGAACUCAAGGAUCCUCAAGUUUGGGUACCAGUUUACCAAGCAAGGGCCACGGACAAGAGUGGCAGCUGCCAUCACAAAGAAUAACGACCUGGUUCGAAAGAAGAGAGUUGAAGGAGACCGGAGGUAAACCUCCCUAAAAGAGGUGAAGUCACACUACGCAGCCAUCUGAAAAACAACACAAACUCAUCCUCUUCUCCAUGGGACCAUUUGAUCUAAGGCUGUUCAUUUCCGUUAACUGUAAUUUUAACUGUUACUCUUUUUUAGCACUACUUAUUUAUGUGAGAUUCUGAAAUGCGUGUAGCGGUUUGACUUGCUCCUGGACACACCUGGCAGCCUGCACAAAUAGGAUGAUACAGAUCUUAGACAGUGACAACGCUGGAGAUGAUUUUAACCACUUUCAUGUUGGGUUGUCUUGCUUUCUUACAUGAACAUGUUUUAGUCAUGGAAUGGGAUCUAGCAUGUGUUUGUAGCUGAUUGCAGUAGAGGCCUAUCUCUGUUUACAUGUAUCACUUUGAGUUAGGCUGAGUACAUAAGAAUGUGUGCUACUGACCACAUAAGAAGUAAGUAUUGCCAAUCUUUCACAAACUCUCCGUUAAUUCCAGAAAAAUGUCUCUCUUUGUGCACAUGCCCGACUGACAGUCAGUGGGAUCCCCCUUAGGAAGCACUUUAACAUAGCACUAGCAAAUUAACUGUUUACUAUCCCAUGAGUAUACUGAUAAUUCACACACUUGUCUUUAUUGAUGAUUAAAUGUAUUUCUGUAGGUGUGUGGUACUGGGGAUUGUACCCAGGGCCUUGUGCAUGUUAGGCAAGCACUCUACCUCUGAGUUACAUCUCCAAACAAAAUUGUAUUUAAUAGACAAUUAUUUAUAAAGCUGUUGAAAGGCUAUCCAAACAUAAUAGAAAAUUUCUAAGUCUUACUAAAAGAAAAUUUCAAAGUAACACAUUCCCAAAUAAAACAAUAAUAACGGCAUCUUAUGGACUAGAGAGAUGGCUCAGUAGUUAAGAGUGCUUGCUACUUUUCCAGAGGACUAGAGUUCAGUUCCCAGCACUUAUGUCAAGCAACUAACAACGGCCUAUAACUCCAUCUUCAGGGAAUCUGAUGCCUCUAGCCUCUGAGAGCAUCCACACUCAUGUACAUACCUCCCAUAUACAUACAUGUGAUUAAAGUAAGUUUAAAAGGUAAUGGCACCUUAAUAAAAGUUUGAAAAGAAUUGGCAAAAUUUAAAAGCAAUUGAUGCUUCAUCUUUAGCAUGACAAGUUCACAGGAUAAAUUGUGGGCAUUGCAGUUAAUUAUAUAGAUUUUUGUCACAUGCAGUUGCUUCACUACCUUUUGGCUAAAAUAAGGUGCCACUUUUUAUCACACGACAUGGUCAAUCCAGACACUUGCAAACAUUAGGUAAAAAUUAAUUGUCAGUUACUCAGAUAUUUGUCACCUCAAAGACAAAGCCUGUGAAAACACAACUGAAAUGAUAGCAUUGAUUUCUUAGUAUAACAGCUGGACAGUGAUGUGCAAAAUUAAGGUAACAAAUAACAGAAGUGUUUGGCUGCAAAUAAUCACUUCUCUCUCCUAUCGCAGAUAACAGUCUGUGGCAGCCUCUGUGUGGUAGCUGUGCCUGCUCCUCUGCCCACUGCUGUGACUAAAUAGCUGGCAAAAGGAACAUUAGGAAGAAUGGGUUCAUUUUGGCUCACAGUUUUAGGGUACUGUCCACCAUGACAGAGAAGAAUGGUAGGUAGCAGGAGCAUGAGGUGGCUGGUCACAUCAUGUUCACAGACAGGAAGCAGAGAGAGAUGGAUGCUGGGACUCAGCCUGCUUUUUCCUUUUCCCCAGUCUGAGACCCCAGCCUAUGGAAUGGAGCUACCCACAUGCGGGGUGAGUCCUCCCUCCUUGGCUAAACUUCUCUGUUACCAUUCUGUGUGACAUCAAACCCCAUCAAGUUGACAAUGAAGAUAACUGUCAUAGUAUCUCCCUUUCUUCCUUUACUCUACUUCCCCUACACAGCACCCCUCUUGUUCCCCUUCUCUUCAUGACUUUGGGUCUUACAAAGGUGAUACCUCUUGUGCUGUUGACAGAGCAAAAGAAGCUGCUGUCCCUUGCAGAUCGUGGGACCAGUCCUGUAUAGUUUUAGUUACUGGGGGUUCCUGAGUUGCUUGGUAGUGAGUGUGUAAAUAACUUAGCUUGAAAAGCACUUGGAAUCUGUUUAGAGAAGCCUUUUAAAAACUGGACACUUGGAGGGAGAAACUGGAUACUUACUUGUUCUAUAAAUAUCCCCAGCUAAAAGUAAAAGUCCUUUGAAACAUCUCAUUUUCUUGACUUGUUUUUUUUUUAUUUUUCAGGAUAUAAUAAGGAGUGCAUGAUGACAUUUUUUGAGUCAUCCCCAAUCCUUUAUCUUCCUGUCAAUCUGAAAAUGUAUUAGUACAUUCCAUUGAUUGUUUUCAGUCUUAUUUUUCUUUCCCUGUCACUCAAUUGAAUGUGCUAUAGCCAGUUUGUACAGGUUUGCUGGUUGCUCAGUUUUCAAGAAUUCUGUGAAUUGUUGCUCAACAUAGCACUACUAUAAAUUAAGGGAAGCCAGGUGUGGUGGCAUGUACUGGUGAUCCUAACACUGGGAGAGGAGGCAAGAUCAAUGUUGGCUACAUAGAAAUUUGAAGCCAGCCAGCUACAGGAGACCCCUAAGCCACCCUCCCCCAACCAAAACAUAUUAGUGGCAUGCACUUACAGUGAAAUCAAUUCUGGUAAAGCCAAAACUAUGUUCUUGAGAUUACUUUAUGCAUGUUGUGCCUACAUGACAUAAAUACUACCGAUGGUGUGCUAUGGCACAGAUCUUCCCAGCUCUCAGCAUUGACUUCUUGGCCAUGGUAAGAAGCGUCUUUGGGAAUUAGCAAUGUGUAAGUAACUGUCUCCUUUCUUCCCUCUAGAUUGUUGAUUGAUAAGCAGUCAUCAGUUCUACCUGGGUGAAAUAUGUAAGAUGUAUUUUAAUCAUAAUUUUUGGUUACCAUGUUAUCAAAGGGAGGAUGCUAUCUAUGUCUUGGUCACAGACUUCUUCAAAAGCAGAGAUCCUAGCAAACUUCUACAAGCAAUCCUUUUCCUUUCCUCAUUCACUCUCUUGCCUUCAUUUCUUAAGAAGUCCUCACCCCACAGAGUGUUGUCUGCAGCACCACAUUUUGGAGAGCAGGUUGCAGUUGUUAACACUCCCUGGCAAAAAGCAAGAAAAAAAUUAGAUUUGGAUCACAGCUAUUCCUUUUUAUAAGGAGUUAUUAAUACUACUAAAGCAAGAUAGUAGAACAUUAUUUUUAAAAUCAUACUGUUUUUAGCUUAAGAGUUUAUGAGAUUAUUUAUUACUAAUCAGCUGUUUUAUCAUUAUGGAUUUUAAAUGGCUUGUAAAGUGACAUUUCCAUAAGUAUUUACAUAUUGAAGAUAGCUACUAGAAGAUAAAACAUACAUUUUGGGGGAAUCUACCAAAUCAUAUAAUUAGUCUAAGACUUCACCUCCCUUCUGCCCAAAGUGGAAAAUUAAUUGCAUCAUGAUGAGACAUAGUAAAUGUCAAUUAUUUUUGUAUGUAUAUUUUUGCUAGCUAGUAUGUCAAGUAUUUGCUAAUGCCUGAGUAGCUGUUUAGAGGGAACUCGUGUUUCCCUAAGCUGCCCGCUUCCCCUUUACAGGCCUAUAGUGAAUAGAAACUUACUCACCUAGACUUGAAGGUUCCUGUCAAUGAUGUCUUGUGGAUAGAUGGCUUUUAGGAGACACAUUUCUCAAGUCUAGAAAUGGUGUGUAGCUCAGUAGUACAUGUGCAUGUCUCUGCCUGCCUCCGUGUGCAGCAGAAGCUCCUUCGUCCUUUUCAGCAUGAUCAAAUCCCUUGCUUUCAUCUUCGAGGGAAAUCAGUCUCUCUCUCGCGAGCGCGUGUGUGCGUGUGCGUGUGUGUGUGUGUGUGUGUGUGUGUGUGUGUGUGUGUGUGUGUGUGUGUGUGUGUGUGCUGUCAGAUAUCUAACUAGGUAUUUGGCUACAUCUGGACAACAGAUUGAAGGGGAGGCUCUCUCCCCAGCUCCGCUUCCCUGCCCCCUUUAGAGCUGCUGCAGACCCAGGUUCCGUGGGAAAUUACCCUGGAGUCUGUAGUUUCUGUCACCCACCACCACAUUUCACAGCUGUGUGGAGGAUGACUCUUAGAAAAUUCACUGAGUUAUUACCCCCAUGUGAUCUCCCAAUAUGCCUAACGUGUGUGUCAUUUCAUACUCAAGAACAUCAGUCAGCCCCCUCCUUUCAUCACUGUAGGACACACUGUAUAUAUUUUGUACAUAAGGACCACCAAAUACUGUAGUGAGGUGUUUGGCUAUGUGUGGACCGUGGAUUGACGGGACCAUGCUUCCCUUGCCCCUCUCAGGGUUGUGGUGGGCCAAGGUUAGAGAAUCACAGGCCUAGAGGGGCAGGUGUGGCUCACCCUCUUUCAACACAUAGCUCAUCUUCCAGUAGAAGCCCAUCUCCAUGUGUAAGCUCAGAAAAAAUCACAGUGCCUGUACCCCUGGAGCCAGUUUUCCUAAAGGAAGACUGGUAUACCAGACCAUGAACAGUUGCUUCUCUUCCACACACAGAUGUGGCCCCUGGUGGGCACCAGCAUUAUGGAAGCCACUGUCUUCAGAGUAACUGCCACACGACAUUUCUGAGCACAAAGCUUAGAUCUGGCAUGCUCAGACAGUCCUGUAGAGUUGAUAAACGUGUUUGAACGUACUUCCGUUUUCAUGACUGAGACUUACUCUGCCCUCUCCUAAAUACUGUGCAAGAGACAGGAAGCCUAACAAUUCUGGUCUGAGAGAAGUUUACAUGUAUUUCAGGGUUGGGAUGAUAGACCCGGUGCCUUUUCAAAAAGUAGAUACUAUUCACUCCAUUCUCAGUUAAAAGACUAAGUAUGACACACAUAAAGGAAAGCUAUAAAAACUUACUAAGUAUCAGGCUGAUCCCACUGGGUAAGCCACAGAGCAGCCUUUUGGAGCCAACUGACCAGAGAAAACUAUCCAAAACCUCAUUGGUGUUGUUUCCUUAUUCCCCAAUUUUAGAUCUGACCGUACAACGUGUUGAAGGGCUGGGAAUGUAAUUCUUAAAUUAAUUUAAUGGCAGAACUCAGUUAGGUUCACUGCUCUUAAUCUCUCUCUCUCUCUUUCUCCUCUCUCCCUCCCUCCCUCUCUCUCUCUCUCUCUCUCUCUCUCUCUCUCUCUCUCUCUCUCUCUCUCUCUCUCUCUCUCUCUCUCUCAUUAGCUUAAUGGCAACAACCGAUCAGUAGAUAGAUGAGAGAUGAGAGAUGGGUUACAGAGUUUAAGUCUGUACCCUAGGCACUAUUCUGGAAACAGCACAUGAAUCAGAGGUUAAGCCCAUUUUGGACACAUUGUUGACUUGGAGAGGGUGAAGGAGAGGGCUUGAAGUCAUGGGUAGAAAAGAGCGAUGGUGCUUGGUUGGCUGUGUCUUGUGUCAGUUAUUUGAAGCACAUUGUCUUAGCUAGUUGGUAUGGUGAAUGGGUACCAUACUAACAGAUUUGGAGGCUAAAUCCCAAUCCCGUUACCCACACUUAGCAGGUGUAUGAUCAUGAGCAAUUCAUUUAAUUGCCUGCCAAUUAUAGAUUAUAUGGGGGAUAAACCCCAGAAAUGGAGUCAAGUGACCUAAACACUUGACUUUCCACUUUGUUAGCUGGGUGACUUUGGGGAACCGCUUUAUCUCUCGAGACUAAAGCUCCCCAGCUAUUACAUGGGAAUAAUAUCUUUGCUAACUACCUCACAGAGUUGUAGUGAGAAAAUAUAAUCAGAUCAUUGGAUGAAAACACCAUAGAAACUAGAAAGCACUAUACAAAAGUAGAUCACUUUUAUCAAAUCACUAAUGUUUCCCACUGCCUUUGUGUCUGUUUUAUUCUGAUCAAUGGUUCAUCCUUUGGAAUAGGGCAAAAUGGAGCAUGGAGUGAUAGAAUUGGAAUGAUGUAAGGGACUAGAACUGUUUUACUUUAACAGUGGUAAGAGGGGUGGUUGGUGGUGGCAGUGGGUGUUAUAUUUCACUGAUACAAAUGAUAGAUCAUUUUGCUGGGUCACUUUGAAAGUACUUUGAAAAGGGCGGGGAGUAACUCAGUAAGACAGUGUGCUUGCCUUGGUGCACAAAGUCCCAGUCGGAUCCCCAGCACCGCAUAAGCUGGGCAAGGGUGGCGAGAAUCUGUAAUCCCAGCACUCAAAAGGUGGAGGCAGGAAGAUCAAAUGCUCAGAUUCAUCCUUGGCUACAUAGUAAAUUUGAGACCAGCCUAGGCUAUAUGAGAUCCUGCCUCAAAAAAUAAAAAGCCUUGGAGGAAGUGGUCACAAUCCUAGGAAAUACUAGAUCCAUGAGGGGAACCCAAACAGUGACUAAGAAUUUAGGCAAGAGCACUGCUGCCUUCCUGUCAUCACUGAAGUUGAUGGAAGCUAAGAUCAAGGUACUGCUGGUAACCCUUGGAGAGCAUCUCCUUGGGGCUCCAAGAAUUUUCAUGCCUGGCAUCUGUGUACUGGGUGCCAGCUCUGUUACUGAAGGGGAGAAAGCUCUCUGGGGCAGCAGAUACCUAUCACCAGCAACUCAGCCCUGGCCAGUUAUUUCUGCCGAGAAAAGCAUUGAAGCCUGGCCUCACAGGGAUGGUGUCUCAUCAGUCCUUCUAUCUUUGGUACCAUCUAAUAAGGUGCCUUGUACAUAGUAGGUGCUUUAUAAAUGUCGCUUGUACACCAUUGUCCUCCAGCCCUAAAAGAAUUAUAUUCUGUUUACAACCAUGUGACAUAUAUGUAUGUAUAUGUGUAUAUAUAUACAUAUAUAUAUAUUCAUACUGAUUUGGACACCAGCUGUAUGUGACCUUGGGUAAGAUUUUCCAUCUAUCUUACCUUCAUUUCAUCUAUAAAGUGACGUGUUCUCUAAAACCCCUUCGAGAUUACCAAACAUUGCAACCCUGUGAUUCUGAACAUGGGUGGGUAAUAUAUCCACUGCAGCUCCAGCUCUCUCUAGGAAUGUUCUGCAGACAGUUUCUUGUUCCUUUUCAGCAGUGUGUAGCAACUUCAGAGUUGUUCUGGACGAGCAGCCUUGUCAGAAAGGCUACUUCAGGGCUGGGAAGGUAGCUCAGUGGUAGAACAGUUCCUGGCAUGUGGGUUCAAUCCUCAGUACUACAAAAUAAAAAACUUAAAAAGUUUGGGGACACUUCCCUCAAAAGCAGAUAGAUUAUCAUAGUACACAUAUUUUCCUCCUCAGAAUCAGAGAGAAAGAAGAGGAGGAAAUGCAAAGAAAGAAACUGUCCAGUAUGGUUUUUAAUAGACUUUUAUUUAAUAUCUGUGUAUUUGCAUUUCCAAGCACAUAUUGAUUGCAUACCAAGAGACAAUCAAAAGUGCACUGUGCAUUGAAAGAAACUGACCCAGGAAUUUAAACUUCUGUGGACACAAUCUAGAUGUGGGUAGACAGAAACUGGCCAGAUGGAAAAAGGAAUUGGAUAGAAAGUAUACUUCCUGAGUAAUUUUACUUUAGUACCAAAUGUUAGCCAUGACAAUCUUUAUUUAAAUUAUUCUAAUCCAGAUAUGGUAGUAUAUACCUGUAAUCCCAGCAUUUAGGAGGUGAAGGCAGGAGGAUCAGAAGUUCAAGUUCAUCCUCAGCAACCUAGCAAGUUGAAGACUAGCCUGGGACACAUGAGACUUUGUCUUAAAUUUUAAAAUAAAUAGAUAAAUGGAAUAAAAGUGAUGUGUAUCUCUGCUUUCUUUUUAAGAACAAAACUAUGUACAUUUAUAUUUUAAGUAAGCCUUUAUCUUAAUCUUGUUUCAUUUUUUUUCAGAAAACAAGCAGCAUUUUUCAUUGCAUAUAAAAAUGUAAAAUAUUUGCAUGCCACCAGUCACAACAGCUUACCAGUUCUAUGCCUGUCAAGUGUGACCUUAUGUGUAUUGUUACCUGUAUCAUGUUGAAGAGAUUAGGGGACAUAAUAUGCUUGUAAACUUGUAAACUUCAUUGGUAACACUUGUUUAGCUAAGCAGAUUCUGAAAAGCCACAUGGCUUUUGUUUUCAUUUGAUGCUUUUUGAUCAAAGCUAGGUGAUUGGUUAGUUCACUAGGAAACUAAAGACUAACCUACUUUUUAAACGUGAAGUUAAAUAUCUUGUGAAACGUCAGUAUGAAACAAAGGAAAACAUAUGAAUUUUAAACUAAUUUUAUCCUCAUUAUAUGGAACCCCAUUGGCCCAAAAAGAUAUAAUUUGGGGCCCUUUGGAAUUUGCCACCAAAAGCUAAUGUUGAACUAAAUAUAAACUUUUGAUGAAUCAAUAUCUUUCUGCUUUCAGUGAUGUCAUGUGUUCAUUCGUGUUCGGAAUGAUAGUUGUAAAUGAAAAUGUAAAAAAUAAAGGGGGGGAGGGUCAGUCAAUAAACUCAGCUUUAAGUGAAAA